AUGGGGAUCUGCCGCAGCUCGUGCGCCAACACCAGCAGCCUCGAGUACUACGACGCGUGGGGGCACCAGGUCCUGGCGGAGACUGCCGUCCCAAGACCGACACCAGGCUCUGGAUGUGCGAGCACGGCUGCUGCUCCAUCCGCUGGAAGCUCGACUAUGCUGUUCCAGAACUACUUCAAGUACGUCGAGGUGUCGCCCUACGUGGUGCUGCAGGACAAGACCCAGCAGUGCGACUGCGUCAUGUGUCGCGGCAUGGUCGAGGCCUCGCCCCCGCAGAGGCGGUGGAAAGAUCCGUUCGCGCUCAAGCGAGCGAGCAACUUGUCCACGGACGGGUCGCUCACGGACGACGAGCCCGAGAGACCCGAGAGUCCGUGA